GUUGAAUUUGAAAACAAACAGUCGAUUGAAGUGAAAAUGUCUGUUCAGUACAUGUCUUUCAGCGCUCACGCGGACGCUAAGGGAAUCAUGACUUUAAUACAACAGUGCGAACCCAAGAAUGUACUCCUAGUUCACGGCGAGGCCUCGAAGAUGGAGUUCCUGCACAAGAAGAUCAAACAGGAGUUUCAGAUCGAGUGCUAUAUGCCGGCCAACGGCGAGACCGUCACCAUUGAUACCAAAGUCAAUAUUCCGGUCGACGUUGAGAUCGAUCUGUUGAAGCGAUCGCUGAACUCGUCGAGCGAUAGCUCUGACCCGAAACGGCCGAAACUACUUCACGGAACUCUUAUGAUGACCAACACUGGAACGGGUCCUCAGUUUCGUUUAGUAGAUCCGAGUAAAGCGAUGCAAGAAUUGGGAAUCAAACCGCAUAUCAUUCAAUUCACGUCAACCGUCAGACUUAAGGCCACAAACACUUCGCCUCAAAAAAUCACUGAAUUUUUGUUUCAAAAACUCAAAAAUAAACUUUGUGAUCAACACGACAUCAAACUGGCCAACGAUUGCUCUAUCAUAGCGUCCACAGCAAUGGUUAGAGUAAACAAUGGGUCCACUAAUGAUGUCAAAGAUGUGUACAUUUCGUGGUCCGAUCACGAGGAAGCGUUGGGCAGUUAUCUCAUUAAUUUCAUACAAGGACUCCAGAGAUCACUCGAUGUAUAGACAAACAGACCAAUCGAUUGACUUGACACACAUUUAUAUUUUAUUAUAAAAAUUUUAUUUAUAAUAAAUAACUAAAAAUCACUCAUAAAUACAUAUAAAUAUAUGAAUUAAUUCAAUAUUAAAAACCUAUAAAUAGUGUAAACAA